AUGGGUAUAAGCGCUGCGGUCAAGCGAGUGGUGAUCACGGGGUCCUUUGUCUCUAUGUUGGAUAUGUCAAAAGGUCUUCGGCCCGGUCAUACGUACGACGAGACAGACUGGAACCCCAUCACAGCUGAGGAGGCACUGGCGAACCCAGCUAGAGGCUACGCAGCAAGCAAAACAUUUGCAGAGAAGGCGGCAUGGAACUUUCAGAGUGAAGAGUCUCCGAGCUUCACGCUGUCCGUCAUUUUGCCACCUCUUGUUUUCGGUCCGGUGCUGCAGCGUCUGAACAAUUUGGACUCCCUUAGCGAGUCAAACCAGUUCAUAGGAAGCUUUUUCCACGGAUCGAUGAACAACGAAAUACCCGCUGCCGAGUAUCCCGUUUUUGCCGACGUCCGUGAUAUAGCUUUGGCCCACGUACGGGCCAUGGAAGAGCCCGAGGCCGGGAACAAACGCUUCUUCGUCGCCAACGGCCACUUUUCGAACCGUGAUAUCAUCGGCAUAAUUCGCAAAAGAUCUGCCAAAUACCGUGUCAGUCUGCCAUCGGAACAUUUGCCAGGUGGUGAAUUGUCAGAAGACGUGUUUUCUAUCAACACCCAACGUUCGGUGAACAUCUUAGGAAUGGAAUAUAGGACUUUGGAGGACUGUAUUGCCGACACUGUCGAAUCUUUCGCGGCGGUAGAGUCGCGAGACACCUAG